CCAAUUUAAUGGGUUGCAAUAGUGAAUCAUCAACUUCUCCUUUGGAACUUGCUUGGCAUACUUAAUGAUUUUGCUUGGCAUACUUAAUGAAGAAAAAUCCAUGUUCUAGGGUAGAACUUCACAACUUCACACACAUUACCACUUGUCUGCAUGUUUAUAUUCUUGCAUCCUUUAUCACUCAUUUCCCAUUCAUGUUUAUUUCUUUUCUUGCAUUCCCAAAAAUGCAUGCUUUAGGAUACAACUCCACACACAUUAUCACUUUAGAGCAUAUUCAUGUUCCUUCAUCCUUUAUCUAUUGUUUGGCAUCCAUGUUUAUUUCUUUUCUUACAAUCCCAUAAUCUUGUUUGAUUCUCUGCCUUCAACAAUUGAAAUAUGGAUUCAUAUAUGGUCAAAUGUGAUUCUUCGUUAGUCAAGACACCUUUGAGGUAUUCAUCAAUGGAGAAAGUUUUGACCAACAAAGGAUUAAGGAGAUCUCCAACUGCAAGCAUUUCUCUCCCAUCAUUCACAAUUGCCAAGUCCACGGGCAAGCUUAGAAGGACAAGAACCAAGACUAGCUUUAAAGGUCAAAAGCUCAAGCACAUCACACUUCAUGUUGCUUCAGCAAUCAAGGGAUUCAUCAAGGAAAAGAAUGGAACUUCUCAUUAGACAAUUGUACUUUGAAAGAUCUAGGAGUCAAUUUUUAUUAGGGACUUGAAUGCUACCAUGUUGAUGUACUUAGUGUGAUGUAAUAGGCUUUUACUUUGUAAUGAAUGACCAUCUUUGCAAUGCAUGUUGAAAUGCUUGUCAGUGUCUUUUCUAUAGCCCUUGGAGUCUAUGGAAAUCUCAAGGCGUUCAAAGAUAUUUUGCUUCAUCCGAGGCUUCUUAAGGAUUG